CGGAAUCAAAGAGUGAAUGAGUGACUGGAGUUUGUUGAUCACGCCCCGGGUUCAGACGUUUACAGUAGUUCCAGUCAUGUACGCCCAUUAUAUGAGCAUCUGAGCAGCAGCCGGUCACUUCCCCUACACACACUCACAAACACUUCUCAUGAGAGCUGCUUCAUUUGUCUUGGCCAGCUAGAGCCUUUCUCAUUACUAGAAACCAUAAAGGCUUGCCACCCUGGACGUAUGAUGAUGUUUGACAGUUCGCAAUAUCCUUAUAACUGUUUUAACUAUGAUGGAGAAGGAUACCCCUCAUGUGGCACUGAUGAAGAGAAGAAAGUGUGUCGACCAGCUUACAGUUACAUUGCACUAAUAGCGAUGGCUAUACAGCAGAGCCCAGAGAAUAAAGUUACUCUAUCAGGAAUCUACGAGUUCAUCAUGAAGAGAUUUCCUUAUUACAGAUCCAACCAGAGGGCUUGGCAAAACUCAAUUCGUCAUAACCUCUCUCUAAACAGCUGCUUUAUAAAGGUGCCCCGUACGGAAGGUAACGAGAAAGGAAAAGGUAAUUACUGGACAUUCGCCACAGGCUGCGAGUCCAUGCUUGACCUCUUUGAAAAUGGCAACUUUCGUCGCCGCCGCCGCAGACGCAACUUAAAAAUGGGCCUGAAGGAGCCAGCCGAACCCUUUGUUGCCAUGGACACUCAUCAGGGCAUUGCAGUGAGACCCACGGAUUCAGAUUCUUUCUGCCCUGUGAACACUAGUCACAGACCGGCCCAAAACAACCCGCCUCUCAGCAAACCUGAGCCCGAGAUCAAAUUCAGCAUUGACUACAUUCUCUCCACGCCGGACCCUCUGCCCGGGUUCAGAGCCCCUAACAGUGGAGCUGGAGCUGUGAUCCACCACCUGGAGCCACAACAUCUCAAUCUACACUUCUGGACCAUGUAACCAAGACCAUAGGAUGCAGAUCAGUAAAUACCCUGAUGUUGAAACAGUCAAAAAACGUUAAGGCUUCUAUAGUGCGCAAACAGUCUUUCCCAUAAUGCAAAUUGGCUUGUCAGUAGGCACAUGCAGUUUCUUGUGUGCUAGUGCUCCCGUCAGUAAUCUGCUGUCGCUCAUGUUAGUAAAGCUGUUAAAUAGAAAUACAUAUAGUGACUUUAAUGAUAAUGAUAAUAAUAUACAGUAUAUAUCGAAUAAUGCUCUUUUUGAAAAGAUCCACAUAUCGUCAUGAAUUUUUGAAGGCGUACUCUAGUAAAAAAGUAAUAUCAUUAAAAUACAUUUAUUUCAUACUUAGAAUAGUUCAAAUCUAUUAACAUAUUUACUGACAUGUCGCUCACGACUUACUGAUAUAAAAAUGAUAAUUACACUUUAUUUGGAGUACUACUUGUGCACAAUGCGCAUUUCUUAAUAUUAAGCCUAAAAUCUGUUUUAACGUCACUAUUGAUGAGGACUGUAUAUGAUCUUUGAAUAAUAUUUAACGCAAGAUAUUUAAAGUGUACCUGAAGUAUUGUAAUAGUUCCACUGUAGCACAAUCAAAUAUACCUCAGUAUAUCUUUAGUUGGACUUCAGCACUACUUCUGCACAAUUAAAGUGCAUUAAGUACAAAAUUAGUUGUUCCAAUUUAGCAGACAAGUAUAUGUAUACCAAAAGUACAAUUGCAGGGUAUUUUUAUUAAGCACAUAAAUAUGUAAAUGUAUUUGUAGCAUACUUAGCAUGAAAUAAAUGUAUUUCAAAUACAUUUUAGUAUAUUUAUUUUUUCACUAGGGUAGACUUUGAUUUUGAUGAAAUCAAUCAUACUUUUAAUGUCAGGCAAUACUUUACAACAAGUCUCCAUUUGUUAAUAUUGGUUAACAUGAAAUAAUUCGAAAGAAUUUAUUCAUCUUAGUUCAUGUUAAUUAUUAAUAAAAUCAAACGUUUUAUCUGUUCAUAUUUAAUGGACCUGACUUCACAUAUACAGAUAUUUUAUUUGCAUUGAUAAAUGCUAUAAUAAAUGCAUUGCUUAUUAUCAGUAGUAUUAGCUAAUGCAUUAGCUAAUAUUGUAAAGGGUGACCCAAACUUAACUCACAUUUUUCAUUCCGCUCCUUUAAAGUAAAAAGUAAAAACUGCAGAUCUCAUGCUCACCUGAGGUGUGUUGGUGUUGCAGGGACGGGUUUGUAGUUCGUGAAGUGUUUGCAAACAAAUGCGCUAACAUAGCUAUGGGGUUGGUGUAAUCAGCAUUCCCUGCUUACUGCACAACUGCUGAACGACUCAAUUGUUUACAUAUGUUGUUUAUAAUGUGUAUCAUUGGCCCUUGACAGUCUGUGAUCCGUAUCAAUCACUGAUAGACUGAGCAUAUGCUCCCCCAGGCAAAACCAGAGCUCUCCAUCUCUAAAGCCCUCCCCGGGGUGUUUUUGUCAUUUCAUUCAGGAAUCUCUGUUUAUUUGAAAGCAUCUUUAAACUUUAGACAAACAGUUUUUUUAAAGGGAGAAGUGAGAUGUGCUAUUCUGCUGAAUCGAUCACUAUGUAUAAUAGCCCUUGUUUUGGUUUGGUCAUUAGUUUUUAGUCAAAAUCAAACAAGCUUAGUGACCAAGUAGUAUAUGAAACAAUAAUCACAAUAACUGUUAAAUUUGUAGGUUUAUAAGAGAAAGCAAUGCUGGGAUCUAUGAAAUAUUGUUUGACUGCCAAUAUAAGGCAAUAAAGCAGUAAUCAUUGAAAAUAUUGCUUAAAGACUCUUUCUUCUCCCGUCUACAACAUUCAGGAUUUGAGAAAACAUUCUCUAUAUGUUCUAAUCAUCCAAAUAUUCAUAAGAGAUUAGAUAUUCGGCUAUUAGAAUCAUAAAAUAACUGUGAACCACUAACUAAUAUGAAGCACUCAUUGAACAAAACCAGGUAAUAAAUAAAUGAACGU